ACCACCACCACCACCACCAUUUCUUUGGUGUGUUAUUAGUUUUAGGAGCCAAAUUCGGAACCAGAGAAGUUUGUGUUCUUGAAUUCAAUCCAAUCAAAGGGAAGAAAAACAAAAGCGAAAAAAUUCAGGAAAGAAAAUAGAAAGAAAGAAAGAAGAAAGAAAAAGAAAGAAAGAAAGAGUCAUUGGUACCAACCUCUUUUUGCUUUCCCAAUCAAUCUAACAGAACAGCUCUUCUAUUUUUCUUUUUCGAAAUCUGAAAAAUACCCAUUUCAUAAAAUCAUCACAGCAGCUCAAUAUACACAAUGCAGUCUUGAAAAACAAACCCAAAAAAAAAAAAAAAACGAGGUUGAUGUUUUUGUUUUUGCUGUGUUUGUGUUUGACACCCUCCAAUUUUGCCUUUUCUGGGUUUACUGCAAAAAUGUGUCUUUUGUCCUGGAAAACACACAAUAUCGUAGAGAGAAUGGGAGAGGGAGAAUAGGGGAAAGAGAAGAGAUGCUGGAGAGGUAGAAAGAGUUGGUCUUUUUGUAGGUAGAGAGUGGCCGGGAGAGAGAAUGAGCAAAGAGAAUGGGGGUUUUUUGAAGGGCUGGGAAGCAACGGUAAGAAAAUCACAAGCUGCUAUAAAGAAAAGAACCAACUUCAUCUUUGGCACCAUAAUGUCAGCUGCAGUAGCUCAUGCAGAUGAUGAUGAUCCUUCUUGCACUGAGUCUGCAUACCUUGGAGAGAGGGUUUUUCCCUGUGGUGAUUUCUACACUGGCCAAUGGCGUGAAGGGCUCCCUCAUGGCCAGGGCAAAUACCUAUGGAUAGAUGGGUGCAUGUAUGUUGGUGAAUGGUGCAAAGGGAAAACAAUUGGAAAGGGUAAAUUUAGUUGGCCCUGUGGUGCUACCUAUGAAGGUGAUUUCAAGAAUGGCUAUAUGGAUGGUAAAGGGACUUAUACAGGUUCUUCAGGCGAUACUUAUAGGGGUUCUUGGGUUAUGAAUUUGAGACAUGGACAUGGCACAAAGAGUUAUGCCACUGGAGAUUACUACGAAGGUGACUGGAAAAGAGGUUUGCAAGAUGGGCAUGGAAGGUAUCAAUGGAAGAAUGGGAAUCAUUAUAUUGGUCAAUGGAAGAAUGGUAUAAUGAAUGGUAAUGGAACUAUGAUUUGGGGUAAUGGGAAUAGAUAUGAUGGGUUUUGGGAGGAUGGUUUGCCUAAAGGAAAUGGGACUUUUAGAUGGUCAGAUGGAAGUUUUUAUGUGGGUGUUUGGAGUAAAGAUCCUAAAGAGCAAAAUGGGACUUAUUAUCCUUCUGGAUCUAAGUCAGGGAAUUUGGAUUGGAAUCCACAAGAGUUGUUUUUGGAGGACUUGAGUGAUUGCCAAAUUUCUGCUUGUGAAAAGGUCUCAAUUUUCCCAUCACAUAAGACCUUGAAUUGGGCUGGGAUUGAUCAAGGGAGUGUUAAGCCAAUGAAAGGGAAUGGUGAGGAUGGAAGGCCAAGGCGAAUGUCCGUGGAUGGGAGGUUAAGUAAUUAUAGUCUUGCUUCAAUGGAAAGCAAUGAUAUUUUUGGUGGUGGUGGGGAUGGGGUGUGGAGGGAUGGAGAUGAAGGGUUUGGUCAGUUUGAUGAUUUAGAUUCAAAAAUGCAAAGAUUGAAUUUACAGCCUGUGAAGAAGCAAGGGGAGACAAUAUCAAAAGGACAUAAAAACUACGAGCUCAUGCUCAAUCUGCAGUUGGGAAUCAGACAUUCAGUGGGCCGUCCUGCCCCGGCUAUAUCUCUUGAACUGAAGCCUUCAGCUUUUGAUCCCAGGGAAAAAGUUUGGACUAAAUUUCCUCCAGAAGGGUCCAAGUACACUCCACCUCACCAGUCUAGCGAGUUCAAAUGGAAGGAUUACUGCCCUGUUGUUUUCAGGACUCUUAGGAAAUUGUUCAAUGUGGAUGCAGCUGAUUACAUGCUAUCAAUAUGUGGGAAUGAUGCCCUCAGGGAGCUCUCAUCCCCAGGCAAAAGUGGAAGCUUCUUUUACUUAACAAAUGAUGACCGCUACAUGAUAAAGACAAUAAAGAAGGCAGAAGUAAAAGUCCUCUUAAGGAUGCUGCCAGCAUACUACAAUCAUGUUCGGUCAUUUGAGCACACUCUAGUAACCAAAUUCUAUGGUCUUCAUUGUGUGAAAUUAGCUGGUCCAAAUCAGAAAAAGGUGCGAUUUGUCAUUAUGGGGAAUCUGUUCUGUGCUGAGUACACCAUUCAUAGGCGUUUUGACUUGAAAGGUUCUUCGCAUGGUCGCACAACUGCCAAACCUGAAUCAGAAAUUGAUCCAACAACAACACUCAAGGAUCUUGAUCUCAAUUACAUAUUUCGUUUGCAAAAAGUUUGGUUCCAAGAGUUUUGCAGGCAAGUGGACAGAGAUUGUGACUUCCUUGAACAAGAGAGAAUUAUGGAUUACAGUCUCUUGGUUGGUAUUCAUUUUCGAGAAGCUUCAUAUAAGGAUGCUAUGACACCACCUCGUACAUCUGGAGUUACUCCUACUGGCCUUCGCACUCCGACUGGACUUCUCACUCCAUCUGGACUUAGAACUCCUACUGCAGGAAAUGGAGACCCUGAUAGCGAUUGUGGUUCACUCCCACGCCUUUCUAGAGUAGAAAUGGAUAAGCUUGUCUUUGACCCUGCUCGGUGGUCUUCCAUAAAACUGGGCAUCAACAUGCCAGCAAGGGCAGAAAAGACAAUCAGAAGAAGUAAUUGUGAAGGAAGUCUGAUUGGUGAAGCAACUGGAGACUUAUAUGAAAUCAUUUUAUUUUUUGGUAUAAUAGACAUACUACAAGACUAUGAUAUUAGCAAAAAGCUUGAGCAUGCAUACAAAUCAAUGCAAUAUGAUCCGACUUCAAUCUCUGCUGUUGAUCCAAAGCAGUAUUCAAAACGUUUUCGAGAUUUCAUUUUGAGAGUUUUUGUAGAAGACACUUGAAGAUAUAGAUUGACCUGAUUAUUCAAACUUUGCAACCUGUGACCAUCUGUGUAUAGCUAAACUUUUUCUGGGAUGACAAUUCAUUCAGUCAGAAGGUUACCUUUGCACUUAGCUACUGGGAUGAUUUGCAGAUGCCAGGAACAUGCUUUUCUAGUUCAGCAUAGUGGUUUUCCCCUCACCAUCAUCUCUGUUAGUUUACGAAUACAGACAUUUGAUAUAUCCUAGGACGAGUACAGAUUAGAAUUGUAACUUGUAACCACAAUUACUUGAGCUUGUUUCAGUUGUAAAUGAGUUAAAUCAGGGGGAGGAUCUAUAUUGAAAUUGAUUCUUUUUGUGCCAAAGAUAUUCUUUUUCUCCCAGAAAGUGAGGAGUCCUGUUCUGUACAGAAGGAAUUGUAAUGGAACUAACUUAAACUUGAAAGAAAUACUUUUUUGA